AAAAUCAGUUGAUCAGUCAGUUGUUUUUCUAUUCGGAAAAUACAACGCAACGCCGCGCAAAAUGGUGUAUGUUCCUGUGCGGAAAUGCAGACAUUCUGUAAAAUUUAUCUUUUUGUUAAUACUAGUGCUGUAUCUGCUAUCCUUAAUUCAAAAAUGGCGCGGUGAUUCACAGUCUCCUGCUGCUCUAGAAGCAUUAUAUGAGAAAGAGAUACGUGAAGAUGAAGCUCGUAUUAUACCUGGCUUCAGAGAAGGUAGAUAUAGCAUAAUGUCAAAGGAAGAAGUACAGUCCGGUGAUGAAUCUUUGAAGAAAUUGGGUAUGAACGUCUACCUUAGUGACAAGAUACCGUACAACAGAUCUGUGAUUGACUUCCGCAACCCAGCAUGUGGCCGCGUGGUCUACGACGCAGAGCUCCCCUCAACCUCUGUCGUUAUCAAUUUCCACAACGAGCCGUACUCGGCAGUGCUGCGCACGAUCUGGACUGUGCUCAACAGCGUGCGCAGGGAACACCCGUGGUACAGUAAGGCCAAUUUCAUUGAGAAAAACACUAAGAGAAAGAUGAAUUUGGGAUACAAGGACCAGCCGGCCAACUCGCCGUACCUGUACAUAAAAGAGAUUAUCCUCGUCGACGAUUGCUCGACGCUUCCCGAGCUGAAGGGCAAGCUCAGCUACUACAUCAAGACGCGUCUCCCGCAUGAUAUGAUAAAAAUAGUCAGAUUACCAGAGCGGGGAGGAUUGACUCGUGCUCGACAACAUGGCGUGAGGGCGGCCACGGGCGACGUCGUCGUCGUUCUGGACGCGCACUGCGAGCCCAACAUUGAUUGGCUCAGACCCAUACUGCACAGGAUCAAAUACAGGAACCAUACUGUUGCUGUCCCUCUCAUCGACGUGUUGGAUAAAAGAGACUUUACUUACCGCGCAGGAUUUUCAACAUUUAUUCAGGUUGGCGGAUUCUUGUUUACUGGAUUUUAUUCUUGGAUCGACGUGUCUGAGAGAGAGAAAAAGCGGAGGGGUUCUGAUAUCGCACCGACUUGGUCACCAACAAUGGCAGGAGGGCUCUUUGCGAUGAAUCGCGCGUACUACUGGGAGCUGGGCGGAUACGACGCUCUGAUGUACGGCUGGGGCGGGGAGAAUCUCGAGAUGUCGUUCAGAGUUUGGAUGUGCGGUGGUACUCUAGAAGCGAUCCCGUGUUCGCGCGUCGGCCACGUGUUCCGCUCGUUCCACCCGUACGGGCUGCCAGGCUCCUCCGACACGCACGGCAUUAACACUGCUCGUAUGGCCGACGUCUGGAUGGAUGAAUAUGCGGAGCUGUUCUAUUUGCAUCGCCCUGACUUGAAGAAAAAUCCCAAAAUCGGCGACGUGACAUACCGCAAGAUACUCCGCGAGAAACUUCGCUGCAAAUCUUUCAGAUGGUACCUCGAGAAUGUCUACCCGGAGAAGUUUGUUCCCGUUAGGGAUGCGAUUGCUUAUGGAAGGUUCAAGAACGAAUUACACAACGUGUGCCUGGACACGCUGCAGCGCAAGGACGCGCACCCCGUGCUGGGCGUGUACCCGUGUCACGUCGCUUUGAAGAUCUCGCAGUACUUCUCCAUCUCGCUCGCCGGCCAGCUGCGCGACGAGGAGAGGUGCGCUGCGGUCGCGCGCGACGAGUCCAACGCAGACCGUCACGUGGUGCUGAUGAUGCCGUGUCGCGAAGGGCGGCAGCCGGCCAAAAUGCAGUUAUGGUCGUUGGAAAAAAGACGCAUAAGACACGUGAAGUCGAACCUGUGCCUGACGGCGGCGGCGGCGGGAGACGCGCGCGUCGCGGCGUGCGCGCACGCGCGCGACCAGCUCUGGGACGUCGACUACUCCGCCGACAACCACUACAAGCGGAACAUUGCCGAUUACCAUGACAACUACCCAAUUAAUUUAGAUUUGUUCGCCGAACGCGAGGAGAGGUUCAGGAAGCUGAGGAAACAUCGCCGAAUCUCCCGCUCGCUGCAGUCCUUCGACGACCAUCACGUGAAUGUUUAUCCGGCUAACGCCAGCGCGCACCGCAAGAAGCACAAGAAACGAAAAAACAAACUUUUUUAUUGAGGAUCGAGAGGACAGCGGUGCCCUCUACGGACUGGUUGCGCAAUGAACUUCCUGCUGAGGUUAUACCUGCCCAGGAAUUAUGUACAGGAAUUAAGUAAGACAAGAGUUUUUGAAGUGGCAUGGAAAGUAAACAACUAUUAUAUAUUUUUAAUGUUUUAUUUUUCUUCAUUCUCAAUAUUUUUCCUGACUACAAUUCCAUUGGCAAAUGACACCAGUAGCCUUGAUGCCGAGUCCAAAUCAAAAACCAUACAAUGGUCAUCACAUAAAUGCAGCAACUAAACUGGAGUCCAGAAACAUAAUUUUCUUAAUAACCUCAAAAUGAGGUUAUGGAGAAAACUCCAUGAGAUAAGCACAUAAAGCUGUUUUCGUUUUGUCGUGAGAGCGAAUGCUGGCUGAGCGAAGGCUAGUAUACAUUAUACUUUAAUUUUCAAAGUAAAAACAUACUUAUAAACGAAUGGCGACAAACUGAAAAAUAUGCACAUAGUAUUAUAGUAUAGAUAUGAUCUGGGGCCAUGGUAGUGCCCCCCC